AUGCAGUUUGAAUAUCAACUUGUCGCAUUGCCUGCUCCGAAUCGAAAGCACUUUGUCUUGAAGCAUGUGAUCUUCCCUUGUCUUGUCAAGACCGACUUCGUCAAGUCCCUUUGUUAUGGUGAAUGUCAUGGAGUGAUGUGGCAUGGCAAUGCGAAAAACACCAAAAAGGCACUCCACUACAUGAUGGAAAAAAUGGGAGGUUUUCAAGUCCAAAUGUAUUCCCUUCAACCAGCAGGUGGAAACAGCGCAGAGGGCAAGGUGAACUUCUACACUGGGCUUAAUGAUGAUGAUAUCGAUGCAGGCUUCGACUACAUCGAAAAACAUGGUCCCCGCACCCACCACAGCAACACACAGUUGCGUUGGAUCUCAAAGCAGUUUAUUUCAGAGGACAGCCCAGUUAGCAAAUGGCCGGAACGUCUGAUCAAAGAGGCCUUGCGCAACCUCAUGAAUGAUGGUGUUUUGGCCUUACCUGUUCAUGACUUUCCUCUUACCUUGGUUGAUGUUGAGCCUGGAGUCCUGAUGAUCUUGGAGAAGCUCUUCCCUUCUUUCACUGACAAAGCUCUUGGUAUGCAUGGAUUCCGUGAAGCCAGUGAAUUUGAUUUCUUUAGAGGUGAGGCUGGUCGUCCAGAGCGUCCAGACAUUUUUGAUGAUGGGUCAUUGCCAGAACAACCCAUGAGAAAGUUGAAGGGCUUUUGCGAUGUAGGAAACACAGUCCUCACCAAAGAGCGGUGGGGUGCUGCAAAGUUCCCCCAGGGCCAACCCCGCCUUUACAUCUCCAAUGAUGUUGAUCUUAGCGCCGAACCAUCCGGUAGAUCCAUGGUGAUCACCCACAUUCAAUUCAUGCAGAUGCUUGAGCCAGCUUGGAUGAAAGGGUCUUGUUUGAGUGACAUCAAGGCUGUGCUCAAACGAACUUGCAUCAUCAUCAUCAUCACAGACAAUUUCAUCUACUACAGGCCUGCUACAGAGGCAGAGGUUUGUGUAGAAUGUAUCAAGCUCAAUGAUGCCAAGUCCUUGCUUCGUAGGUCUGGUGGGGUGAAGUACAUGGCCUAUAGGAAAGGAAACCUUGAUCUUUCUGAAGACCAUCACAAACAUCUUCAGUGGGAAGAAGCCUGGAUGAGGAGCAUCAUGGACAACAAAGGUGAAAACAAACCGCCUAUGCCCACAGAAACUUCCAUCACUUCUCCUUUCUCAGGCAAGACCAAUGUUUCUAUCCAAGUUCAUCUUGAAGAAUCUGGCCCCGCACCAGCCAUCAAACGAGAAAGCUCCUUCUUUCGCCAGACUUUGCGUGAUGGCAUCCCUGGUGCUUGCAUUGACUUGGACAUGUCCCCUCCCAAGAAGGCAAGAAAGGUCCCAGAAUCCUUGCCCGCUAUCAAGGAGGAAACUCACGCAACCGCAACCAGACCAAUGAACUAUGGCCUCAUUGAUCUAGUGUCUGAAGAUGAGGAUGAACCUCCCACCAAUCCCCCCUUGGAGAUUGCAGGCAUGGAAAUGAUUGAGAAUGAAGAGGAUGUCUUCAACCAUGGUUAUGGUGUAGAUGGUGGCCGAAUCCUUGGAGUCACUAGUCAAGAUGAACCUGAAGGAAACAAAGUUGUCACACAGUCCUUGCUGAAAAUCUUGCCCCAGUACCCCAACAUUGAUCUCCUUGUCAUGGACCGAGCCUGCCACUACAUGCCAUCGGCUGUCAAGACACCAGGACUGGAGCAGCUGAAGUACUUUAGUUUGGACAGGUUCCACUCUUAUGGUCACACCAAGAAUUGCCCAUGCAACCCCCGAUCCAAGACCCGCCUCAAGAAACGCAUCAAGAACUUGAACACCUCCAUAGCUGAGCAAACCUUUUCUUGGUUUAGAGGAUACAGCAAAGUCUUGAAUGACAUGCGUCCCCUUCGGCAUCGAUUUGCAGUACUCUUGUUCUGCAAACAGCACAAUGAUCUGGUAGCUUGCGGUGACACGUACCACCUCAACCAGUACAAGGUCUACAAGGGCAAAGGAGCAACCAAACCGUAUGCUUGCAACAAAGUGAAGGGCAAGAAAACUAUGAAACCAGGAUCAAUGAAGGUCAUGAAAGCGAUGAAGGUUAUGAAGUCCAUGAAGGUGAUGAAAGUGAUGAAGUCCAUGAAGUGA